UCAUCCCCUUAAAAAGGUAACGGAGCAACACGAAUCGAAUCUUCCCUUCAAACAUCAAAUCUUCAACGGCCAAGAUUCCAUACGAUAAUAGACAACACCACCAAUCCAACGGUUGAUAUCACAUACACUCUCCCAAUAAAAAAUUGGAACCAAGAUUCGAUUAGAGUCCCUGCAAUUCCCCAAAGCUGAAACAGUGAAUCCAAAGAGAAAAAUGGCAUCCCAAUCUUCAUCUUCAGAGAAGGAAAAGGAAGAGGAAAAGGAAAAUGGGAAAUCUGCGGAGGAAGUAAAAAAGAAGGUAAAAAAAGAAGGGUUGGGAUGGAUGGAGUGGCUGAGGGGGUGGAUGUAUAUAAUCUAUGAAAUGCUUUUCCAGAGGAUUUCAGCAAGCCAUUUGCAGAACCCAAUGCCUCUUCCUCCCAUUAAUGACCUCACCUGCAUCGUCACAGGCUCCACUUCCGGCAUCGGCAAAGAAAUUGCUCGGCAAUUGGCAGAAUCAGGGGCACAUGUCGUUAUGGCUGUCAGAAAUCCAAAGGCAGCCAAUGAUUUGAUAAAGAAGUGGCAGGAAGAAUGGUCGGGAAGGGGCCUUCCUCUUAAUAUUGAGGUGAUGGAACUAGAUCUUCUCUCCCUGGAUUCUGUAGUGAAAUUUGCUGAGGCUUGGAAUGCACGCGCAGGGCCUCUGCAUGUUCUCAUUAACAAUGCUGGAAUAUUUUCCAUAGGAGAACCACAAAAAAUUUCAAAAGAUGGAAAUGAAGAACACAUGCAAGUGAAUCAUCUAGCUCCGGCACUACUUUCUAUAUUACUUUUGCCAUCCCUCGUCAGAGGCUCCCCAAGCCGAAUUAUUAAUGUGAACUCUAUUAUGCAUUAUGUAGGAUUUGUUGAUACAGAAGAUAUUAACGUUUUAUCUGGAAAGAGAAAGUACACAAGUUUGGUGGGAUACUCGAGCAGUAAACUUGCUCAGGUCAUGUUCAGCAGUGUUCUUCAUAAGCGGCUACCAGCUGAAGCUGGCAUAAGUGUAGUGUGUGUUUCUCCUGGAAUUGUCCAAACCAAUGUUGCUAGGGAUCUUCCAAAGAUAGUUCAAGCUGGUUAUCGUUUAAUACCCUAUUUUAUAUUCAGUGCUGAAGAAGGUUCUAGAAGUACACUAUUCGCAGCCACAGAUCCUCAAGUUCCUGAAUAUUGUGAGAUGUUAAAAGCAGACGAAUGGCCAGUCUGUGCCUUCAUUUCUCAAGAUUGUCGUCCCUCAAAUCCUUCUGAAGAAUCACAUAAUGUCGAAACCUCAUAUAAAGUGUGGGAAAAGACACUCAAAAUGGUGGGACUUCCCCCAGAUGCUGUAGAGAGACUUAUAGAAGGCGAAGAAGUUAAUUGCAAAUAUGGAGCAUUCCACUAGUUUUACUUACAGCAAAGAGUAGGAACACUUCAAAGCUAAUCAUUUUACGUCUUUUACAGUCAUCUCAUGAUAUAACUAAUGCCGACUCAAACACAGAUUUGCUUUAGAUAUUGCAAUACUUACUUUCCACAUAUAUGUUUGGCAUUCUUUUCAGAGUGACAGAGUAACUUGCCUUUCCUCUUCCAUAACAGUACGUCUAUUGGAUAAUUUCAAAGACAAAAAUGGACCAUUGUUGAUUGAUUUUUAUGUGCAAUUGUUGUAGAAUGUC